UGUUCACUUUAGUAGUAGUUUUCGCGUCGGCCGCAGCACAACGAGCAAACGGAAAAAGGAAGCGAAUCGCUGGCUAAAAGAAACUCGCAGUAGUUAACAGUAGUUAACAGUAGCACAGUUAAUCGGGCAGGGAACUGAGGAGACUGAGGUGUCCUGAACCUGCUCCUGUUCCUUCUUCUGCCUCUGCUUCUGAGUCCUGAACGCAGUGAAGUGUUUGUUUUUGGCGUUAUCAGUGAAUGCACGCGUUUCCAGGCUCUGAUUGAGAGAUAUUGGUGGAAUAGCUGGUGAAGGGACCUCCACUGACCCAGGAGGAGGCGUCGAGCCGGAGAGGCGUGUCACUAGCAGGUGGCUGAGCCGGUUAACCAGAGUCCGUCGGCAAAAACCUCCUCUCGGCCCCAAAACAAUAACAAAAACAACAGUCGGCCCAUAAUUAACCGCAUGCCGCAAGCCGCAAACGGAGAAAAAAAAACCAAAUAUCGAAAUCAAAACAAAAACAUUUGAGCGGAAAGAGCCAAUGGUGGCCCAAAAUGGUGCCUAAAUGCUUUGGCAAUUAUGCCAAAAUUGUUAACAAAAUACGAAAUGUAUCCAACUAAGUAAAAGCGACAGGAAACCGCAAGAAUCACAAAAGGAAUCAAGCUGUGAACUUCAGGCUGCAGGCGAGUGGGAGAGGCGACGACAGGUGGUAGUCGCUUCGGGCCUCCUUAUUGAAUCAACUUUGUGGGAGGCCGAACCACGGCCCAAACAAUUCCCCGGCGACUUUUCCCCAACAAAAGCAACAGAACUCAAAGCCCGAACACCCCACACCCAUAUCCGGAGUCCGGACCGGGACAGAGUAACCCAGAGCCGGGCGGACGAAACUCAAACCCAAAAAUUGAAACCUCAAUAGAAAGGCACAACGGAAACAAGAACAACAAAAGCCCACUUAGGUUUGCCAUCCAAAUCAACGGCUGUCAGACAAAAAGUCGCUUUUUAUUGAUUUUUAUAAAGCCAAGCGAGUCAAGCCAAAAAAAAAAAAGCAAUGAGCAGCAAAGAAUAAUAACACAGGCCACAGAAACAAAAACAGAAAAUAACAAAAAGUGAACGCAAUGUGAAUAAUUCCCCAGUUGAACAGAAACGAGCACGAAACAGGGAAAAAGCUGUUGGAAUAUUCCUCACCCACACCUCCUCCCUUCUAUACAAUUCUUGGCAACAUUCUCCUCUAUGCCCACUUUCCCCAGCCCCCAUAUAUAUAUAGAGAGUACUAUACCCCACUAUCGAAAAGGUUCAUCAAAUGCGAUUCGAUUCGAUGACGAUUCAAAAAGGAGACACUGGAGCCAGAAUACAGGAGGACGGGACGCACACGACGGAGUUCCAUAAAAAUGUGUUAUAAAAAUAUACACGCAUAAAUUCGACUCUCACUCGCAAGGACAUUAACAUCACAGGACAAAAGCCAGAGACUGGGACUGGGCUGUAGAAAUUUCUAAUGCAAAUGUCAUUGACAAAGUCAAUUAGUAAUCGGGAAUGGUGGGAUAAUUCAAGCUGAAAAUCCUGCUGCAGCUGCACAAUUGUUUAAGGAAUUUAUUAAGGAUUCACACAAAAAAUAAAACAAAAAAGGAUAACAAAAAACAGGAGUACAGAGGGCGGAGUACGGAGUUCGGAGUGAAUACAAGCAAGACUGAUUUUUAUGUUUAGUUAGAUUAUUUUUGGCACAAAAACGCUACUGCAACUGCAACUGCAACAACGAAUAAGCCAAGCGGAAACCCUAGCAACGAGGAAACCGCCCACGGAGGAACUGUGAGAAAGAUCCGCACUAACAACAAAGCAACAAAGCAACAAAGCAGCUAAAGGAAAAGCAAAGCAAAAGCACCAGAAGCCACAACGAAACGACAUCCACAACAAAGGCAAACAGAAUCAUACGGAAGCAUGUUUGUGUUCAUAGCCGUGCUGUUUGUUAACGCUUGCCUAGCGGGCACCAUUCCGGCUACGCCGGAGAACAUAACCGUUACAUUUCUAACGCCCACGGCCGUCCGGGUGUCGUGGCAGACGCAAAUCGAUCUCCGGGCACAUCCCAUCGAGAAGUACAUUGUGACGUACAAGCCGACGGAUGACAGGGUUGUACAGGACGUUGCCGGCAGCAGUGAGGCCAUUGUCCUGGAUCGCCUCCUGCCCAGCACACAGUAUUCCCUCGUCGUGACAGCCAUUUGGCAGGGCAAGAAGUAUCGCAGCGGCCAGAUUAAAUUCAGGACAUUGGAUUUGCCGAAGAAUACCUCCCAACAGGACUUUCCGCCCGGCGUCUAUGGAAAUGUCAACAGUGGCAGCCGCAACGCAACCGGAAAUGCCAGCAUCUUUGGCGAUGAUGUCACCUCCACAGCCACCAACACUCUAACCCAUGGCACCACCAGAGAACUGCCAACGAUUCGCGGCGUGGAAAUUGGCAUUGUUCUGAUUGUGCUGAUGGUGUGGGCCGGAGCCAUCGCCCUGUUCUUCAAUCGAUGGGGAAAGAUCCGGAUGCUGCUGCCGUAUCAGCCGGAUUACAAACACGAACAGCUGAAGGUACCGGGCACUGGAGUCUGCAGCGCCGGUGGAUGCAAUGGCCAACAUUCACACCAGUGCUUGCCUCGGUGCGAGGGAUGCGGCAUAUUUGACCGCUGUUUCCAGUAUCCGCGGCGGGAACUGGAACGCGACUGUGGCUGUCAGUUCGCCCUGCUCCACAAGGCGGACGUGGAGAGCUAGCAACCAGCGCACCGCGAGCCAUCCUCGGCGGCCGUGAGUGCUACGUCGAGCCACGGCCAUGGGCACAGUCACGGCACUCCGGUGAACACCUAUGUCCGUGGUCCCAGCGUGGACAACCAGUCGAUUGUGGGCGCCAAUGUGCUGGAGAAUGUCGAUAGCCUGGAGGCGGCUAACGAGGAAAUCGAUGUGGAGGGCGAUGAGGCUCAGGUCAGAAAUCAAGAGGAUCAGCAGCUCCUCCAAAGGGAACGAGAGCGGGAACGGGAGCGUGAACGUGAGCCCGUCCAGCGCCUUCUGCCCCUGCAAGCGGGGGCUAUCAAACAGCGAAAGUUUGCCCAGCAGCGCGGCAUCCUCAAGAACUCCCAAGAACGCACCUUUGUCGAGGAAGACGAGGUGCUGGAGGCCAAGAAGCAGCUGAUCCUGCGCCGCCGCCGCCUCUUCAGCCACUAUCGGCAGUACGACCAGUGGCGGAGGCGGCAGUUCAGCUACGACCCCAGUUACUUUCGCCCGCCUCCGCCACUCCCUAGACCGCUGGCAUGCGCUGAUCACCAACUGGGAGCCAUUGACGGACACACCACAUCGGUCACAGCCGGAAGACGCAGGCGCCAGUACCGAAGACAGUACUCCUGUGCGGAUAGAUCGCGGGAGGGAUCGCGCGAGAGCCGCGGCUCAUCGACGCUGCAAAUGCAGAAGUACCACAGCAUGGUGGCCAGUGACACCAUCCACACCGAGUCGUCGGUGCUCAACCACAGCAACUACAGCGAGCCGGCCAGCUUCGACAGCAGUGAAUGUGCCCACCCACCGUUGCACUGCAAUAGCCGCCACAUCCACAUGCUGGCGGAGGAGCACUCUACGUCCAUAUCGGAGCGUUGCACCCGCAGCAGGAUCAACUCGGCCAUCUUUGUGUCCUCGGAGGGACGAGGCUUCGACUCCAUCGAGUUCCUGCGACGCCACGGCUCCCAGAGUGUCCUUUGCCGAAAGGCCAAGAGUGCGGAGAAUAUUACAGAUAAUGGAAGAAGGAAGAGCCUUCGACCUUGGCGCACCGACGACGAGUCCUGCAAGCAGCAGCACAUCUCCCAGGACAGCAAUGACAUCGAGCUGAAGGAGUGCGGCGGCACUGGAGGCGAACUGCUCCGCCUGCCCGUCAUCCACGAUGCAAAGCAAUCGCCCUCGGCCGUAACCAGUCUCUUGGCUCGGUCGGCGGCCAUCACCACGGCCAACGUGAUAGUGGGAAGUAUUUCGCUGGAGGCGCCACCGCCCUACAUGCAGGACGAUGACGGGGACAAUCUCUCUACGGCCGCCCUAAUACACACCGAUGCUGCUGCCGUGGUACACGAAUCACAGGACUCGGCGGAGACGGUGGAGGAACUAGUGCAUGUCCCCCUGUUGGCCAGCGCCACGGCAACGGCCAGUGUGUCGGCCUCCUCCUCGCCCAGCAUCGCCAUCGAGGCCAAGCCCCGGGUUCUGGUCCAUCAGCGAUCCUCCACGGCGUCGUCGUCGCCGCACAGCAGCCCCAAGAACCUGGGCAACCUGGGACUCAAGAUCAUCAAGCCCAAGAUCAGCGCCGUGCCAAUGGUUUCAGUUUCGGGUCCGUCACCUCCGAUUGAGAAGCCGCCGCUGGCGGAGUGCUUGUAACAAAUGGCAGCCGAAACAUUUAUCUAAGCGCGCGCUCAAGGCAACUGGACCCUGAACCCUAGAGAGUCCUUAAAACCCCCAACAAGUCCCAGCCUCUAAUGCCCCUCUAAUAAUUCCAGACCAAAAACCUAUCAAAUAAUAAAUUAUGAAAUCAUUUUAAAAGUAUAUAGAAAAUAACCGUUGAGAUGGAGAAAGUAUGCCAGCUGCUCAAAUAAGUGUUUCGGUGUGAGGAUAAAUUUUAUGGAAAAUAUGGAUUUCGAAAUACAUACUUGGAAUGAAUAGAAUCGUGUAGGAAUAGGCUAAGGAUAAAAGGAUAUUGUACCAAUGGUCAUCACCAGGCAAAGAAAGCUUUGUAUAUUCAACAACGACUGAAGUAUACACCUAUGUAUGUACAUUAUAGACGAAAAAUAAUGGUAACCUGUAGAACUAUACGGCAUACCUAUUAACUGAUAAAUCAGCUUUAACAACAAACGAGUAAACUAUCAGGCUUUAAUAUUACGACGAUGAUGAAUUUCUGGUUUAACCUAGUCCGUAGACUCACCUAGCCGUUGAAUAAAUAAAUUCUCUUUAAUUGUUCUCCUAUACAUAUAGCCAAAAAAAAAAAAAAAAGAAAAACGAAGAAAGCAUAAUACUUGGGCACCACAAACUGUUAUACACGCGAUCUAUAUAGGAAUAUACAUAUACUAGUAACUAUAUACAUAUAUAUUUAUACACCUGUCAACUCACGUAUGUACGUACCUUAGAGGUACCUUAUUAGGACACCCGCUAUAUAAUUAGCUCGUAAUAUUAAGAUGAUGAAAUCACAUAGUCCAAAUGUUACUUGCUAACAUAUCAGAUACUGUACUCUAUCUACUCUACCCACGACCAAAGCGAAACGUUUGAAACUGUAUGUACAUUAGUCUUUAAUUAGCAUUAAGAAACCUAUUUCAAACCCAUUGAAUAGCUGUAGAAUUUUUGUCAAAUAAGUGCCCUGAACGACUUCUAGAUGUGUUUUUGAAAACCAGUCCUUACAUGUACUCCGUGUAGAUGUUUUCUUAGCUCUAUAUACCCCAUAAAUCAUAGAA